AUGCCAUUCCUAAAACAUCACACCGAUCAGGUGGAAGCACCUCAUGCCGCGACUUCAAGCACGGCAGGCCCUGCUGCCAAACAGGAGCAGAGCUCAGAACCUUCGCCGGUAGAACAACAAAAGGUUACCUUCAUGGCAGUCUUCCUCGGCGCCGUAGCUAGUAUAGGAGGAUUCAUGUUUGGAUAUGUUAGUGGUCAGAUAUCAGGUUUCUUCAACAUGGACGAUUUCGCCCAACGCUUCGGUGAAAGGGCAGACAACGGAGAAUAUAUAUUCAGUGCAGCGAGACAAGGAACGAUCGUCGGUCUUCUUCCUGUCGGUUGUUUGAUCGGUGCCUUGAUUGCCGGACAACUCGCCGACAUUAUCGGCCGUCGCUUAGCUAUCUCUCUCUCGGCUCUAUGGUCCUGCGUCGGAAUCGUUAUCGAGAUAUCGUCGCAGACAGUCUGGGUACAAUUUGCCGUCGGUCGUCUAGUAACCGGUUGCUCGAUCGGUGCCCUUUCCGUUCUCGUCCCCAUGUAUCAGUCCGAGAGUAGCCCGGCCAUCAUCCGUGGUGUCCUAGUAUCGACAUACCAACUUUUCAUCACCCUCGGCAUCUGGACCAGUUACAUGGUCGACUGGGGUACUGCUCACAUGGAAUCCAGCGCGUCGUGGCGUAUUCCUAACGGUAUCGGUUUCCUCUGGUCCCUAGUCCUAUGUCUCGGAAUCCUUGUUCUCCCCGAGAGUCCCCGACACGCGUAUCGCAACGGUCAAGAAGAAGAGGCACGCAGAACGAUUGCCAGGUUGGCUGGUGUCGACCCCCAACACCGCAGCGUUCACGAUCAGAUCACUGAGAUUCGGGUAAAGCUGGACGAGGAGAGAGCCGGUGGUAAAGCUAGCUGGUUCGAAAUAUUUACCGGACCCAGGAUGCUUUACAGAACUCUCUUGGGUAUGGUACUCCAGGCUGGUCAGCAGCUAACGGGUGCCAACUUCUUCUUCUACUACGGUACAACGGUUUUCAAGUCCACUGGUCUCAGCGACAGCUACGUCACGCAAAUCGUCCUCGGAACAGUUAACGUCGCCACUACAAUCGCCGGUCUAUACGUCGUACAGAAGGUUGGACGCAGAAAGGCACUCAUCGCCGGUGCCGCUGGCAUGAUGGUUUGCUUCCUUAUCUACGCCUUCGUCGGCCACUUUGCUUUAGAUUCGACCAACCCCCUGAAUACUCCCGCAGCCGGCUCAGCUCUUAUUGUAUUCUCUUGUCUUGCAAUUGCUGCAUUUGCCACUACUUGGGGUCCUCUUGUAUGGGCUGUCGUUGCCGAACUCUACCCUUCUCGAUACAGGGCUCCUUGUAUGGCUUUGGCCACCGCUUCCAAUUGGUUCUGGAAUUUCAUGAUUUCGUUCUUCACUCGAUUUAUUACCGACGCGAUCGACUAUUUCUAUGGCUUCGUGUUUGCAGGCUGCUGUGCCGCUCUCAUCGUCAUCGUCUACUUCUUCGUGAUCGAGACCAAGGACCGAAGCUUAGAAGAGGUUGACACCAUGUAUCUACUUCACGUCAACCCUAUCAAGUCCAGCUCCUGGGACGGCAGCAAAGUGCCGGAAGGUGUUACUGAGGACUCAACUCACGAAGAACACGCCGAGGUCUAA